CCCUCCCGUCCCGAAUUCGUGGCACCAAGAGGCCACCGCGAUUUCUGUUUGCAUAUGCACAGCUGAUAGACCGAUAGCUGGAUCCUAAAGGUGGAUAUCUUCUGACAGCGCUGCCAGCCUGGCCUCUGUCUUGUCUCUCCCCAGGGUGUGAGCAGCUGAGCCGAGCGACAGCCGAGUACCAUGGCGGAUCGACAGGCGGGUCCGGGAGCCGGGGACUGGGAGAUCGACGUGGAGAGCCUGGAGCUGGAGGAGGAAGACCGCUGCGGGGCGCCACCGCUGCCCACGCACCCCGGCCGGCCGCCGGCCGACGUGGACGCCGAGGACGACGAGGAAGACGACGAGGAGGACGAAGAUGCGGAGGACGAGGGCGACAGCGAGGAGCCGGGCGCGUCCCCGGCGGCGGCGGUGGCUGGCCGGCCUGAGCGGCGGGGAGGACUGCCACCCAGGCCCCCGCCGACGCCUCCAGCGCUGCCCGCCGCCGCCGGGCCCCAGGAGCGCGGGGCCAUCGCGGGCGGCGGCGGCGGCGCAGAGCCCCGCAAGCUGAGCCGCACGCCCAAGUGCGCGCGCUGCCGCAACCACGGCGUGGUGUCCUGUCUCAAGGGCCACAAGCGCUUCUGCCGCUGGCGGGACUGCCAGUGCGCCAACUGCCUGCUGGUGGUGGAGCGCCAGCGCGUCAUGGCCGCCCAGGUGGCGCUCCGGAGGCAGCAGGCGACCGAGGACAAGAAGGGGCUUUCAGGGAAACAGAAUAAUUUCGAGCGCAAAGCGGUGUACCAGAGGCAAGUUAGGACACCUAGUUUGCUGGCCAAAAGCAUUUUGGAAGGCUAUCGUCCUAUCACAGCAGAGUCUUACUUAGGAGGGACCCUACCUCUGCCCCCACCAGUCAGUGAUAGGAUGAGGAAAAGAAGAGCCUUCGCUGACAAAGAGUUGGAGAACAUUAUGCUGGAGAGAGAAUACAAAGAGAGGGAGAUGCUAGAAACUUCCCAAGCUGCUGCAUUGUUCCUGCCCAACCGCAUGGUUCCUGGACCGGAAUACAGUUCCUACAAGAGUGCCUAUAGUCCCACCCCAGGGGAACCGCCGAGCAAGGACUUCUGCAACUUUUUACCCACUUGCCUCGAUCUCACCAUGCAGUAUUCAGGGUCGGGGAAUAUGGAACUUAUUUCUUCUAAUGUUAGCGUGGCCACGACUUACAGACAAUAUCCUUUGUCCUCAAGAUUUUUAGUGUGGCCCAAGUGUAGUCCCAUCAGUGACACCCUGCUUUACCAACAAUGUCUGCUAAAUGCUACCACCUCAGUUCAAGCCCUGAGGCCUGGGGCCAGUUGGGACUUGAAAGGAGCCAGAAUCCAGGAUGGGCUCAGUGGAGAACAUGACAUGACACCACCGAAACUUGAAGGCUCCCUGGUGCUACCCCAUCCACCUGAGGUCCAGACCUCAAGGACUCACCUUCAGGGUCACUCAGCCAUCCCAGAGAGGUCUGCCUUCUCCCCACCCCGAAGGAAUUUCUCUCCCAUUGUUGAUAUGGACUGCCUAACAGCUCAAGGGCACGUCUUAACCAAGAUCAGCAAAGAAAACACCGGCCACCCCCUGCCACUUAAACAUAAUCCAUUCCACUCAGUAUUCCAGCAAACACUUGGUGACAAAUCAGGUCCUGAGUUGAAAACACCAUUUGUCAAAGAGGCCUUUGAAGAAACCCCAAAGAAGCACAGAGAGUAUUUGGUGAAGGAGAACCAGAAGUACACAUUUACAAUAGACAGAUGUGCAAAAGACCUUUUCGUAGCCAAACAAGUUGGAACAAAACUUUCGGUGAAUGAGCCGCUGUCAUUUUCUGUUGAAUCUAUUCUUAAGAGGCCUUCAUCUGCCAUCACUCAUGUCUCUCAGUGAAAGACUGCUUCAAUAGAAAGCUGGAUUUUCUGCAGUCUCAGAGGGUUCUUGUCAUAUGCUUAUUUUUUUUUUAAAGUUAAGAUGUUUGUUUAAAGAAAUUUCUAAUGUAAAUGACAGUGAUUCCUGAAAAUUCUAUAUAUUCAUGUGCAUGUAUCU